AAGCUGGUGUGCACCGAUAACCAACGAAGAAGAGCAGGCGGAUAGAACCUGUCGCUCGCUCGCGGAGCGUAAAUAAAUAAAGAAAGCAGCUCCUCACAGGUUCAGACAUGUCGGCCGACCCCAAGAUCGCGGAGCUGCUCACGGAGCUCCAUCAGCUCAUCAAACAGACGCAGGAGGAGAGGUCACGCAGUGAACACAACCUGCUCAACAUCCAGAAAACACACGAGCGGAUGCAGACGGAGAACAAAACUUCUCCAUACUACCGCACCAAGCUGAGGGGGCUGUACACCACAGCCAAGGCUGAUGCUGAGGCCGAGUGCAGCAUUCUGCGUCACGCCCUCGAUAAGAUCGCAGAAAUCAAGUCGUUGCUGGAGGAGCGGCGGAUCGCUGCCAAGAUGGCGGGAGUUUACAGUGACAACGACCCUCCCAGGAAGACGAUGCGGCGGGGCGUCCUCAUGACGCUUCUCCAGCAGUCGGCCAUGACGCUUCCUCUGUGGAUCGGCAAGCCCGGGGAGAGCCCUCCUCCUCUGUGCGGGGCGACCCCGGCGAGCAGCGACUACGUGGCCAAACAGGGCGACAAGGUGGCGGCGAGGGUGAAAAGCGUGGAGGGAGACGAGCAGUGGAUCCUGGCUGAGGUGGUCAGCUACAACCAUUCCACCAACAAGUACGAAGUGGACGACAUCGAUGAAGAGGGCAAAGAGAGACACACUCUGAGCAGACGGCGGAUCAUCCCGCUGCCGCAGUGGAAAGCCAACCCGGAGACGGACCCCGAGGCCCUGUUCAGUAAGGACCAGCUGGUGCUGGCCCUCUACCCUCAGACCACCUGCUUCUACCGAGCGCUGAUCCACACGCCGCCGCACAGGCCUCAGGACGACUACUCGGUGCUGUUUGAGGACACGUCGUACCCUGACGGUUACUCGCCCCCGCUCAAUGUGGCCCAGCGCUACGUGGUCGCCUGCAAGGAGAACAAGAAGAAGUGAGGGGAGCUGCAGCGUCCGUCAGCCCGGCUCAGAGUGAAGAUCACUGAAAUGGACCUGAUUUCCAUGUUUAUAAAAACAGACGUUUCUCUGUUAAUCUGAUGUUUGAAAUCUCCGGGACGGAUCGUUACCCGUCAGCUCUGAUAGGAUUGGGAUUUGUAUUGAUCGGUGAUGGAAAUGUCUACAGAGAUGUUUAACAGCACUGACCUGAACAUCUCAUGGAGGCAAAUUCAGCUGCUACAGCAACAUAUUACCACCAUUAAAGGUAAAAAGAGUGAGGAGGGGACAAAGAAGGAAAAACUGGACUAAAUUUUUACAUCAAUUUUUACUCCCAGAUUUCCACAGGCAGUGAGCUCAGUGUAACAGUGGGGGGGUUAUUUUCCUGGUACAUUUCAGAUCUCUGUAGUAUUCUGAUUAUUCAUCCUCUGGCUCCCGAAACUGUUUUUACCUUCUGUGAGCGCCCUCUGUGGGUGAAAGAAGAGCACGGCAGGCUUAGUCCGUUUUAUCCAAACUGUUUUUUAAAUGCUUAUGUUUGUUGUGUUGUUUAAAAAAAAACUGUACAUACAG